GGGCAGAGGAGAGCGCGAGUGCUUCAGCGGCUGCCUGCCUGCCUGCCUGCCUCUCCCGCACUGCCACUGCUACUGUCGCUGCCACCGCUACUAUCGCUAACGUCGCUACUGUCGCUAACGAAGCUACUAUCGCUAACGAAGCUACUGUCGCUAACGCCGCGCUGCUGCUCGUCUGCAGGUCCCCCGCGCCGUGAGGGAGAGAAUGAGGGGGCUCCUCUGACCCGCCAGCCAGCCCGCCAUCGGCACUCGCCUGGGACCCAGCCGCCAGGGAGCCUCCUGGGGAUUUUUUUUUGGCCGCGCGCCCCCUGGCUGACCCUCCCCCCUCCCCCCGCCGCCGCCGUGGUCCCUCUGAAAUCCCUGGCCGGUAUAUGGAUAGGAGCUCUUUGUUUCAGCUCAUACAGGAGCAGCUGGACCCAGAGAACACCGGUUUCAUUCCAGUGGAGAACUUCGCCAGCCUGGUGGAACACCAUGAGCUGCGGCUGGACCCCUCCAAGCUGGAGAUGCUGUUCGCGCUGGUCCACAGCAACGAGGAGGGGCAGGUGUGCUACCGCGAACUCAUCGAGCUGAUGAGCAGUAAGCGCUCCAGCAGUUUUCGGCGGGCCAUAGCCAGUGGGCGGCGUUCGCUGCACAGGGACAUUCUGCUGGACGAAGCUGGCCUGGGCGUGUACAAGCGCUUCGUGCGCUACGUGGCCUAUGAGAUCUUACCCUGCGAGUCCCACCGCCGCUGGUACUUCCACCAGAACCACCUGUGCCCGCCGCCCGUCUUCAUGGCCGUGAUUACGGUCAUUCAGAUCAUCGUGUUCCUCUGCUAUGGCGUCAUGCUGAACAAGUGGGUGCUGCAGACCUACCAGCCGGAGUUCAUGAAGAGCCCCCUAGUGUAUCACCCUGGCCAUCGCGCCCAGGUGUGGCGCUUCUUCAGCUACAUGUUCAUGCAUGUUGGGCUGGAGCAGCUGGGCUUCAAUGCGCUGCUGCAGCUGAUGAUCGGAGUUCCUCUGGAGAUGGUGCACGGGAUCCUGCGCAUCAGCCUGCUCUACAUGGCCGGGGUGGUGGCAGGGUCACUGACGGUGUCCAUCACAGACAUGAGGGCUCCUGUGGUAGGAGGAUCCGGGGGGGUCUACGCUCUGUGCUCGGCACAUCUGGCAAAUGUUGUCAUGAACUGGGCAGGGAUGCGAUGUCCAUACAAGCUGCUUCGAAUGAUCCUGGCCCUGGUGUGCAUGAGCUCAGAGGUUGGCCGGGCUGUGUGGCUGCGGUUCUCCCCGCCCCUGCCCUCCUCGGGGCCCCAGCCCAGCUUCAUGGCCCACCUGUCGGGGGCGGUGGUGGGCAUCAGCAUGGGCCUGCUCAUCCUGCGCAACUACGAGGAGAACCUGCAGGGCCAGUGCUCCUGGUGGGUCAUCAUCUUCGCCUUCGUCACCUUCCUCCUCUUCGCCAUCUUCUGGAACAUCUUCGCCUACGAGCUGCUGGGCGUGCAGAUCCCGCCCGCUCCCUGAGAAAGGGGCUGGCCCCGCCCCCUUCCUUUACCCAUAAUUCCAUCUUCAGAUUAACCUUUCAUUAACAGUCCUCUCACUCAAGGGUCCAACCUUCGGGAUACAACCGCUCUGCAUCUAAAGAGGUUCUACUCACGUGUGUUUUCAUACUCCACAUGAAGGGAUUUGGCCCCAAAUCAGUCAUCACAUGACCCUUCGGUAUCCAAGGCGACCAAGAGGUUUUGGAGGGCAAAACAAUCUGCAUAAUGUUAGCCUGAUGAGAAGAAUAGAUAUGUAUGCAGGAAUUACAUUAACCAUGUGAACGGGAAAGGGAACACAGUGUAGAUUAGAUGUGUGGUACAGCUAUGACGGUGAGUUUCACUAAUCUGUGCCCUGUACCAUCUGCCCUCCAAUAUCCCACAAUGCAUUAGCAGACUAUGAACCGCUGAAGUUUGCAUAUGCCACUCUGACAUUGCUCCUGUUAAAAAAAAAGACUCAAAGUUCAAGCAAGGCAACCCUGACUGCCCUGUCUCUGGACUGUCUUGAACCCGCAGUCAUCUGGUUCUAAGAGAUGCUGAUUCCUGUAACGGAAUGUACUUGAAAUGGUGCAUCUUUUUUAUGUUGUGCUUAUUCAUUUGUGAGCAGAUGUACCACGUGUCCUUUAUUUAUCCGUGGUUAUUUAUUUGUUGUUUCGUGGCAGGAAAAUUCUAGAAAUUGUGAAUUAUUAAUUUAUUUUGAAGUUAUUCAUUUUGCGUCUGAUCUUCUGAAAAUGUGAAAUGAAACGAAAUCCAUUGUAUAUAGAAAGAAAAUGAGACAAAAGCUUGCAUGGCCAACUGACUGUCCUUUUGAUCUUUUUUAAACACUUUUCUUUGUUAGAGACUGAAUAGUAAAAUCAUCAUGGUCAGAUCUAAGAACUAUUGUGCGCUCAAGAGAAAAAUGGAAAAAAGUGGCAGUAAAAAAAAAAGAGUGAAUAGCUUAACGGGGAAAUGAAAUGCCAAAGUCGAAAUGCAGUCUAAACGGGGAAUAGGUGUCAGAAGUCGGGGAGGGGAACGGGCCAGGAUUUUAUUCAAACGAAAUUCUGGGCUGUCUCGUUCUUUAAAGAAUGCCUCUGAUUGUUUGGGUUCUCUCGUUAGCCACUUCUUCACUGUUGAAUAUUUAUGCCCGUGAGAGCAGACGGUAUUAACAACGCUGAGUGCUGUCUCCACCCAGGGAUUCCAAAGGCUUUAAUCAAGAGUGAGGAACCUAGAAAACUGCGGCUUCAUAUUAGGAAUUGCACAUAUACUGGAUAACUUCCACCUGCAUUGUAUGAUAACUUGUCCCAUUCUUUGCCUAAACAAUCAGAAAGGAUGUUCGUGUCAACUAAUCACUUUGAGAAUGUGCUUGGUUAUUGAAAUUUUGAUUCAUUGGUGAUGAGGAAGUGUUCAGUACUAAGGUGGUUUAAUAGGCUUAGGGAUAGUGUCUAAAGAAAGACUUGUUUGUGGUUCAAAUGAAUAAUCUGGAUUGUUAGAUCCUCAAUAUCUACCUUGUCUGUUCAAUGGGUGUGCUGCACAGGAAAGCAGCUUACGAUGCUAGUCAUGAUUAGCGAAAACUGACCAAUCAGGGCCCGAGUGGGUGUCUUAUAGGCCUGCCCAAACCGAGGUCAGCCAGGACUG